CGCCACCGAGUCCAAUCCAAUCUGCAAUCAAACCCGCCCCGAGCCCGACGACAACCUCCGAGUGGGCAUCUUUUCCUGGUUUGCUAAUCGCUACCAGUCCUCCUCCUAACGCAAACAAAUAUAGUAAUAGCAAGCUCCCCCUUUUGUUUCAGAUGGGUUCUUCUCCGCCGGAGAGGAGACAAACCAAGAAAUCCCCUUUUUGGUGAGAGAGAAGACAGAAAUCCUUUGACGGGGAGAGACCCAGUUGAAACUAGAAGAAUGGCCGGCGAGAGGAAAAGGAUACUGGUCGGUUUGAUAGUGGCAAUGCUUUUGGGAACUGCCGUUUACUUUAGGCUUUGGACCAUUGACUACGCGAUUUCCUCCGAGGACACUGAGCUCAUAAGGUUUUAGUUUCUCCAUUAAUUCCCCCCUUCUAAAAUUUGGUUGCUUGUACUGUUCGCCUGCUCUUCCAUUUGCCUUUACAGUGGUUGAUUUCUGUUGGCUUCCGAGUUUUGCAUUUCGGAAGAGAGUCAAAAUUCCCAUUAAUGUCUCUGCAUGUUUGGGCAGCGGUUCGGAUUCAAUCCAAUGUGUUGAUAAUAGAAGCUAUCCGUUCUCAGUCCGUUUUACUGGGUGUCCUCUUUAAUCCUUUGGUGACCAGAUAUUGCCCCCAAAAUCCUAAAUUUAGCUUGUCUUGUGAAAACCUUCAGAGGUUAGAUCUGAAAUCAGUUCGCUUGUGAGCUCUAGUGCAGGCUUAUUAACCUUCAUUUGAUCGAUUCUAAUUUCCAAGUCUGUAUAGGUAGCACAUUGUCUGCAGUGAGAAAAGCUGACUGAUUUCUGAUCAGCAUUUUCCAUCAGGACCUCUUCUUCUCUGUGUCUUUGUUGGUGGAUUAAACUGCUACGUGGGUAGCAGCAUUUAUAUGUAGUGGCUCGUUCCUGUUUAUGAUGACUUGAUUGCUUUGCUUGAUAACAUUGGGAUUCUGCAGAAGACAAUUCGAUCUGGCCAAUAGAGAAGCCAUGGACGAAUCUGCUGAGUGGAGGAUGAAGUAUGAUGAAGAGGCAGAGAGGGCAGCCAAGUGUGACAAGGAAUUGAUAGAGGUUCCCUUCAUAACCUGAAUCUUUUAAUAUUUACUUAAAGUUGGUGUUUUUUAAGGUGGUUAGGAUGUCGUCUUUUCAUGUUGCUUCCUAUAUGUAGAAGAGAAGUUUGAUUCAGGUUGUGGUUGGGCAGAAGAUUGUGACGAGAUAGUCACAUUUGCUGUUUUAUGUUGUGCUUUUGUCACAAUCAAUUGUGAGUUUGCCCCAGCUAAAUCUGGAAGGGCUGAAACUUGAAGCAUUCGUGUUCACUGAAUAUUUUGUUUGUGAAUCUUAUGCCAGAUCAAGCAGAAGGUGGACGAUGCAGCUAGUGUAAACCAGCAGUUGGCAGUGCUACAGAAGGUGAGCUUGAAAAAUGAAUUUGGAGAUCACUUCUGAAUGGCUGCGUUGAAGUUAAAUUACCUGGAUUAUUUGAGAUAUAUAGUUCAACAGUGUAUAGGGAAGGAAACAUCUCUUAUUUACAUCUAACAUGAACUACUCUUCAUGACGUCUUCCUCAAUAGCUUGAGUUUCUGGUUGUUUAAUGUCUGAAUCGGUGAAAUUCUCUAUGUGGUUUGACUUCUCUGUUCCUUUACAGGAAAACAUGGCCUUGAUUGAACGUAUGGAAUUACUGAAAAAGGAGCUGGCCGCAAGCAAAUCAAAAUGUGGUCGCUCGAGAUACACAAGACUAUAGUCAAAUGGUCAUAGCAGCGCUUUUAGCAUGACAAUGUUGUGUAAUUACUUUGCUAAAAUCUAGCUCUUUGUGAAUGAGUAGUUGUUCUUGGGGAUACGGCUUACAUGGUACUAAACUGGCCAGCGGAGAGAGAUGUAAAUGGGCAAUCGGAACAAUCUUUGUUCUUUGUAUUUUGUGGGAUGUUUCCCCCCUUUCCCCAUCUAUAAGAUCUACCUCAACGAAACAGAAGAUUUGGUCCAUUUUGAAUACAUUUAUGUUGCCCUAUUCUACUCCAGAGAAUGUAAAUCAGUUCUCGAGUAAAUUCUGUUUACUUGGGUGGCUCUGCGUGGAGAACACUAAGGUUUGCUGCAUGGUAGUCAUUCCCCUAGGUGGAAUUUUUGCUGUUUGUCUGUGUAAGGAACCAAGGUUUGCUGCAAAACCUAACUGAUAUAUAUUUUUUCCAUUGUCGCUGAUAGAUGAGUGAAUUCAUUUACAUUAUCCAUGUUAUCUCCAUGCCUGCGCUUGCAAAUAACAGCGGGCAAUGGAUUAGAGCAAGCUAGCGCUGGAUGAGGAGUCUGUUUCAGCUGCAGAUUCCGCGCUUAAUUCCUGGAGAAACUUGGUUAUGGACUCCACGAACACUUCACCGUCGUUGCCCGCAGCUUCAUAAGAAGGAAGAUGCGCAGCAGAGUCCUUACUUGCUUUGGAACCCUGUAUACACAAAACCAGGCAUGCAUUCAUCACAAGGAAAGGAAGGCAGCUCAGUAGUCAGUUCUGAAAGGUAGAGGUGAAUGAAACGAAAGCGAUUGAGGCUCACAGAUGUUAAUCUACGUCGCUUGGGGGGCCUGGAUCGGGUGGUCAUCAUCUCAACCAGCACGUCAAACCGAAAAGGAAAACACAGGGGAGCCACCCACUUUCAGUUUCUUGUUACCGAAGCAAAGUAAAAAAAAAAAAAAAACUGAGGGAGAAGAGAAAGAAGCUCUUAAAGGUUUUCUGGGAUGGACAUCAACUUACUUGAUUUACAAUCUGCUCGUACUUCCUUGCACAUUGAUAUAGUCUUCUCUCGUCAUCGUCUAUUCUCGACAUCGUAAAAAUUUCCUGAAUCCGUAGUGUAGCCUCAGGAUUGAGGGCCUUUAGUUCAAUUUAUAGGUAGGGGAAAGGGUGUGGGAUGAACAUGAAAAGAUGGAAAAGGAGGAAGGCAAGAGAUUGGUAAUGGCUUCAAGAAAUCUCUAUGAUACCAGAUUGGCGGUUACCCAACUGCCAUCCAAACCGACCAUGGAGAAACAAGACAGACCGUUAUGUUUGAAUAAGGGGUUUGUCCAGUCUUCAUGCAGAAGCAGGCAAAUAGCAUAAUCCUUGUGACCACAAACUAUUUUCUAAGUCAAGAUUUGGUCUUCCCAUAUCUUCUUUCUUUUGGCAAUCAAAGUUGGCCGAAUAUAAGCAAGUGUGGAAAUGUGCCCAAGAUAAGUUACGCUUUCCAGCAUUGUUCUUAGGAAUAUGGCAGCCCUGCGUUUCAGCAUACUCGUAGAAUGUGAGGUAAUUGAUCAGAUUGGGUCAAAGAUGGCCGUCAAGAACGAGUUAGCAGUUUUGACUGCAUUGAAGUUGGCAUUCUGCAAACAAAAUUCGCCCUUCUUUUACACCCAUCCAUAUCUAGAAGGAUUUAAAUUCCCAACUUCAGCACAAGGCCGAUGCUUCUGGGUAAGAAGCAUGACUAUUCUGACAGCUUCCAUAUCAUCAUUCUGCUCACAGUGUCUUUUCGCGUGGUAUUUCACUCCAGCUCUGUGAAAAGGACCGCCAAUUCAAUAACUAAUCAAUAACGAAUACCGACAUUGUUCAUCACAAGUCAGAGACCCUUUGAAAUUGCUCACACGAAAAUCAUUUGAAGGUGAGGAACACAUACUGCAGGCAAAAAUCUGAAACUUUCAAACAAAUAUGGUAACAAGAUAUAUUCAUAAAUUCCCAAAUCAAGGGUUUUCCUUUCCAACAGUAAGAGAACCGGAAGUAAGCUCGAUCUAUCUAUACAUCAAGCACAAUCAAAUAUCCAUGGAGUCUUACCUUGUUCAAUUCACAUUUCAAGAUCCUACUUUCUCUAGCCCAGAAAUUCCUACUGGGAAUUCGCUAAUGACCAGAAAUUCAUGAGGAAGGAUGGCAUCGUUGCAAACCAGCUCAAAAACGCCAUAGAGAUUGCUGUUUCAAACUUGACGCAGUGGUUCACUGAGCACCUAUUCAGGUCGUUACCUAUGAGCACUGUGAUGCCAGCAGAUGCACAAGCAGCAGCAAAUGUAAGGGUGGACAUUAUCUGUUCAGGAAGAAGAUACACCACCAAUCAUUCCUUAGCAAUUGAAUGCAAAUUAAAUUUAUUCACACUCAACUGCAUCCAACAAUGUUAAACACACAGCUAGGAGCAUAUUCAAACAUCUAAAAUAAUUCAACCGCGGGCCU